AUGGCAGACCAUUUUACAGUCAUGGCUGGCCGGUUGCUUACGGAAUCGACUGUUCAGUCCGCCAUUGAUGAGGCCUCUGCUACUAUCCCUUCUUCAGUGAUUGCUUGUGACAAUGAUGUUCAAGAUGGAAGGGAGAAGAGUGGUGUCCUGGUAGAAUGCAGAAUAUGCCAAGAAGAGGAUGAUCAGACCUACAUGGAGACUCCCUGCUCCUGCAGGGGUAGUUUGAAGUAUGCUCAUCGCAAAUGCAUUCAGAGGUGGUGUGAUGAGAAGGGAGAUACCAUAUGUGAGAUAUGCUUGAAGCAAUAUACACCAAACUACACUGCCCCUUCAAAGUUGUUUCGACAUGAAAGAAACUCAAUUUUCUUCAGGUGCUUUAAAACGCUUGACCUGCCAUUACAAAAAAGUAGCAUUCUUCUGGUUAGACAUGGAUCAUCUCAAGCUCACAUAUCAUUCUGCAGAACUCCCGGUUACAUUCAAGCACAGGUCAUGCAGAACACAGAUCGAAAUGCUGCUGCCUCAACAAGCUAUGAUCCUCAACUUCCCAAUCCAAAAGGUGUAAUCUAUUGUCGCAUAGUUGCUCUAACUCUUAUGGUUCUCUUGGUGCUCCACGACGCAAUCUCGGUUUUCCUCGGUGACCACGAUGCUUACACCGUCGCAAUGAUCACUCUGCUGAUGCUUAGAACGGCUGGAAUCGUCAUACCUGUCUACAUCCUCUUGGUCUCUGUAACUGAACUGCUUCAUCGACGCAGCCAACGGCAGAUUUCAGAGGAGGUUGCUGCAGCGGACAUCAUCGUUCAGCAGGUGCCUCAGUCACCGAGGCGGCAGCAUGUCAUCAACAUCCAAUAAGUUCAGAGAUGGAGUGUGUGUGUGUCAGGUGUGUAUACAUACAAGGCAUAACACUUGAUGAGGUUUUGGGCAAUGGAGGUGCAUAUCAUACAAUUGCAAGGUAUGAAGACGUGUGAGGAUAUUGGUGUGAAGCUUGACGAUUGACAGCGCGAGCAGUAGGUUGCUCUUUGUAAAUAUAGGAGAGUUGCAUGCACAAACAGCCAGUC